CCUGCAAAAUCACCUCCACCGCCGGCCGAGUCGCACGCGUCACACCAGCCUCUUGUCUGUGUUCGUCUGGCGGAGGCGGAUGAAGAUACUUUAGGAGGUGGCGGCUCCGCGUUUACAAAGACGGACGCCUUCGUAUCUGGACGAAUGUGACUUUCACCCUCAGUCUCCCUGUGCUGGUCCCCUCGUCUGGUGACAGUGCACAGCGCGUGUCAGCGGACAUGUUGGCAGGUGCGUUGGUUCUGGGCACCAUCCUAACGGCUUUACCAGGUGUCCAGAGCAGGUGGAGUGUGUCAUUUUCCAGGAAGGAGAUCUGUGUGUGGGCAGGAACCAGUGUCACGCUGCCCUGUCGUUAUGACCUCCCAGCAGGCCACAGUGUGAAGCGGGUGAUGUGGUUCCGCGUGUCUGCCGACGGCCGCAGGGAGUUCGCCCACCACACCGACCCCGACCAGAUCGGCCUGUCGUUCCGAGGACGCACACGGUAUAUCGGGGGCAGCUAUUACAGCUGUUCAGUCCAGAUUCGAGGUGUGAAGCUGGGCGACGCGGGCCAGUACCACUUCAGGUUCGAGACGGACCAGCCGCUGGGGAGGUGGACCUCCCCGGACACCGUCGCCCUGGACGUGACAGACCUCCGGGUCCAGGUGCACCCGGCCAGGCCCGCCAACACGUUCGGCUCCGGGGAGACCGUGUUCGUGGGCUGCCAGGCCGCGGGAUGCGCCGCCGCGGGACGGAGCCUCGCGCUGUACAGGAAUGGGCUGAACCUGGGGUCCUACGAGAAAUGGAUGAUCGUCAACCGCUUCGACCAGCAGCACGCCGGAGCCUACGCCUGUCGACCGAUCCCACCUCAGAACGUCCAGUCCCUGCCGCUGACGCUGGCUCUGGGACAUGGGCCUCGCCUCACCUCCAUAGCGGCCGUUCCUCCGGGGGAGGUGUCCGAGGGGGGCUCCGUCACCCUGACCUGCAGCAGCGACGCAGCUCCGCCUGUAGAGAGCUUCGCGUGGUUCAAAGACAUGGAGAGCGGCAGCAUCCCGGACAGCUUCAGCCCUCAGCUCCGGCUCAGCCACCUCACGCACACGGACGGGGGGGAGUACUUCUGCGUAGCACGCAGCUCGCUGGGGACGGAGCGCUCCAGGCCGCUCCUGCUCAACGUCACCUACUCUCCGAAGAACACGCGCGUCCUGGUGAGUCCUCCAGGUAACAUCAGGGAAGGCUCGUACGUAAACCUGAGCUGCGUCAGCCGUGCAAACCCUCCUCCCACCAGGUACGCUUGGUACCGUAUCCUAGGUGACCAGGUGCUGUCUAAAGGAGCAUUUCAGAACAUGACCUUCCCAUCUGUGCGUGCUCACCACAGUGGCCAGUACUACUGCACAGCCUCCAACCCACUGGGAUACCAGUCCGCCCCAGUUGCUACACUCACCGUGCUCUAUCCCCCUAAGAACACAUCCAUUCUGGCUCGGCCCUCCAGCGUGGUGGACGCCGGCCGCCCCCUGACUUUGACCUGCGUCAGUCAGGCCAACCCGGCCGUGGACAACUUCACGUGGCACCGCCUGGCCCUGGACGGAGGCUCUGCUCAAAAGUGGGGCACAAAGUCUGGGCCUGUGUUUGCCUUCUCGGAGGUCGGUCCUAGAGAGAGCGGCCAGUACUACUGUGAGGCCAGAAAUCCAAUGGGAGCCCACAGUUCUCCCGUCCUCACUGUACGGGUCAGAGGUCGCCUUAAGGUCAUUGCUUUAGCAUCUGCAGUGGGAGUCUCUGCUGGACUCAUCACUCUCACUGUGGCCAUAAUGAUAAGUAAGAACAUGCACAGAGUGGACGUGGAGUCAGCAGAAGUAGGAAGCAAGGUGUGCCGGCCGUCGCUGACAGCUGACACCGCGCCGUGCGACCCGGCCCAGCAGACCUUCCCAGCGAGAAAGGGCAAGAUGUCCGACAUAAUGGAGGAGGCGGACGACGACAGCGACAGCUCCCACCCCUCCAUCGUUCCCCUGAGCGAUGCUCCGCCGGCCUCAGACCUAAGUCGCAGCUCAGCCUCCAAGUACAUCACCGUCCACUACUCCAAGCUGUCCAGCACAGACGAGGUGCAGAUCCACAACCUGCCACUGCGUGGUGACAGAUCACCCACGGACUCCUCCAGGGCUGUUUACUCUUUACUGGCUCAGCCUCGGCGCUGAGGGAGCGAAGGAAGUCUCCUGCAGCCUUCAUCCUGAGCAGUGGUCACUUCCCAUCCAUCCGGCCAGCGACACCGGGACGACUUCAUGCCAUGCGCUGCUCUGCCACAGAUGCUGCUGACGCCUUCUCCGCAGCUCUUCUGUUGCCUCUCAUGGUUUUUCUAUGCAUCCUACCAGGGAGGGCUGUCCCAUGAACGUCCACACCUGGUCCACCGUUAGGCUUGUUGUGAUCGUUUUACUUUACCUACAUGUAGCUUGCUUGCAUUCAAUCGUGUUUUUAUGACAUGUAGUCUGAGCCAGCGGUGAUUACUGUACACUGAACAAAAACAUAAUGUGAAAGCAUGAAUGUGUGCUCUCAUUCUGAAGCACUAAUGAAUAAUGAUAUGCUUGUUUAAAGUAAUACAAUAAAGUAUAAUAAAGCCACUGUAUCAAAUA